UACUCAUCUGCGUCCGAUUCCUUAAUGGAAGCAACAAACGUCCCCCUCCAGCCCCCAACUUAUGGAAACUUCAUCACCGUUCUGAGCAUUGACGGCGGUGGAAUAAGAGGGCUUAUCCCAGGAACUAUCCUACGCUUCUUAGAAUCUGAGCUUCAGAAGCUGGAUGGUGAAGAUGCAAGAAUCGCAGAUUAUUUUGAUGUUAUUGCAUGAACAAGCACAGGAGGUCUUAUAACUGCUAUGCUAACUGCCCCAAAUGAAAAGAAUCGACCCCUUUUUACCGCUAAGGAUAUCAAGGACUUCUACCUAAACCAUAGUCCUAAUAUCUUCCCGCAAAAAAGUUUUCCAUUAUUUUCUCACUUUACAAAGAUUGUCAAAGCUCUUUCCGGACCAAAGUAUGAUGGGAAGUAUCUACAUAACAUUAUUAGGGAAAAACUAGGAAGUUUAAGAUUGCACCAGGCGUUGACUAAUGUUGUAAUCCCAACAUUUGACAUCAAGCGACUCCAGCCAACCAUCUUUUCUAGCUAUGAGGUAAAGAAAAACCCGAGCAUAGAUGCCUUACUUUCAGACAUAUGCAUCGCAACCUCAGCUGCUCCAACUUAUCUUCCAACUUAUUACUUCAAAACCAAAGACACCGAAGGGAAAGUACUUAGAGAAUUUCACCUUAUAGAUGGCGGGGUUGCUGCUAAUAAUCCGGCCUUACUUGCCAUGGGUGAAGUGUCGAAGGAAAUUAUUAGUGGAAAUCCUGACUUCUUUCCAAUAAAACCAACGGAUUAUGGACGGUUGUUGGUAAUAUCCCUAGGAGCUGGGUCAUCCAAAAUUGAAGAAAAAUACGAUGCACAUAAUGCAGCUAAGUGGGGCAUACUGGGAUGGUUAACUAAGAAUGGUUCCACCCCAAUAUUUGAUGUAUUUUCUGAAGCAAGUGGAGAUAUGGUCGAUGUCCACCUCUCUGUUGUUUUUCAAGCCCUUCAUAGUGAGAAAUACUAUCUGCGGAUUCAGGACGAUUCAUUAAGCGGGGUAUUAUCUUCUAUGGAUGUAGCCACAACAAAGAAUUUGGAUAAUCUUGUAAAAAUUGGCGAAACACUGCUAAAGAAACUAGUCUCUAGGAUAAAUUUGGAGACAGGCAUAUUUGAGGUUGCUAACAAUGAAACUAAUGAAGAGGCUCUCAAAAGGUUUGCAAAACUACUUUCCCAAGAGAGGCAUCUUCGCCAUGCUAACUUCCCCGGUGGACAUGCUAGGGGCGGAGGCAUGCACAUGCACCUUGAGGGUGGGGGUCCAUUCCCCCCCCCCAAAAAAAAAAUAAAUAAAUAAUAAUUCAAAACCCUUCACAAGCACAAAUACAAAUGAAGAUAACGUUACGUUUUAUUUUUUUAUUUUUUUUAUUUUUUUUAUCUUUUACGUGAACUACUGUUGUGUGGUCGAGGUGGGACGCAGAAAAGUCUACCUCCUGACUCAUUCAUUAUUCUUUUCAAUUUGUUUGAAUAAA